AUGACCGACGUCGGCGCCCCAGGGGCACCGAUCUCUGCUCUCCCCCCACAGGUCCCCAAGGUGUCUCCAGGUCUCCUGGCCAGCGGAUCCCUUGACAAGACUGCGAUCAACAUCGCCACAUCAAGUCUCCAGAAGCUUCGCCUGAAGCUCGUCAACGCCGGGUUCAAGGUUACAAGAAAUCAAUUUCCUCAAACGAGUGGUGUGUUUUCUGGCUCCCCUUUUCCGAUCCGCCCUGUCAAGUUUGCAUCCCUUCCACCUUUCUCGUCCUCUGAUAAUCUUCUGAUUCUGUUAUCGCCUGUCCCCGGUUUACCAUAUAUGACUCCCAACACUUUCGACGCUCGUGGGGACAUGGGCCAUUGGUCCCUUAUGUUUCGCGCGUCCAGCCCAAUCGAGACAUCAAGGAUCGCCCUCCGUUGGGAGAGUGCGCACGACAUUCUCUGGGUGGGCUGGCUUCCAUCCUACUGGACCCGCACGGAGUCCGACUUCGGCCACGUCGGGGUGAUGGACAAGUAUGUCAUCAAGCAACUCGUUGACGCCGCCGAUGACGUCCUCCAGUCGUGCGAGGAGUGUGCGAGAGGCCCCGCCGACAUCAGGGAUAGGUUCAACGCUGUACGCCUGUGCCUGCGAAUCACCCUGGACCGCUUACGACUUCUACCUGCCGUCCGCGACGUCGUCUUCUCUCUCGCCGCCCACGUCCAGCGCCUUAUCCUGUUCCUUGCGGGAUCCACGUCUACAUGCAGGCCCGUGGAGAAGAUCCAGCCCGUCCGCUGCUUCUACGUAUCGCUGUCGGUUGCAUACGGCACGUGCUGGUUGGAAGCGCUCCGCUCGGUUGGCACGCUGUCGCAUCCACCCACGUCUCCCAAGUACUACUGGCCGCCGCCGUGGAUAUUUGACCGACUGGACAACUUCUCACCCAACGACCCCAAGAGGAGCAGGUACCUCAUCCAGUUGAUACGUGUCCGCGAGUUCUGCCAGCGCCGAUUGUUCGACAGGACGCUCAACGGCGCCCCUUUGGGCAUUCAAGCCUGGAGGGAUCUCUUGUGGGGCGAGUAUGGCGAGCGUGGUUCCGUCAACCCGGCCGUCACGGCGAUCGCGGGCUCGUCGUCUGGGUCCUCCUCGUCCCUCCCUACCGGCCGCUCUUCGGGAUCGUCUUCGACGUCGGCAAAGCACAAGCAGCCCGCCGACACAAAGCACAAGGCCAAGCGGGCGAAGGAACGAAUGAACGUCGCAUCUAUCUUCGCCGGUGCUUCGCUAGACGACGAACUGCUGAGGACACUAGUCUGGGAGACCCACGAGGUCAACUGGCGGUGCGAGCUCCUCGCCCUAGACUCCGUCGUCGUCGGGUCCCGGAACUGGCCUGAAGUGGAACAAUGGUGUCGGGAGAGCCUCAUCUCCGAGGACGGCGUCACAGCCUUCUUGUGGCUUUCGCCAGCCGACCCUGGAUGGGAGGUCGGGCGCCCACAUCUCCGAGCCCUGCUCGAUGUCCAGCAGACUUGGCCGAGGCAGCCGGUGGAACUCGCCGGCGCAUUGAAGCGCCUGGAAGAUUGUGAUCCGUUUGAGUAUAGUCGCAUCCAGGCUGCAGCGGCGCAGUUCUACGUUGAUACAUUCAUCCGUACGUUCCAACGUCUCCCUGUCCCGCCCGUGCGCCAUGCUGCUCCCUUGGCGACGCUUAGCUCGGACAUAUUUUGA